CUUUUUUUCAUUCCAAGACUUUUACUUUUUCUCCUUGACCCAAGGCUGUGUUUGUUAAAGAAAGAAAAGAGACAGCCAAAAGCUAUCCUACAUACGACUUGAUCAUGUCGCUGAAAUCAGACGUGACCGUAGAUGCGUCCAAGUUUGAUCGCAGCACCAUCGAUAAGCAGACGCUGGAGUUUAACGACAGAUUGAUCAAAAUAUGGGCAGAUGGACCAAGAUGGUAUGAGGUUGGCGCAGCAGAGUACCGAAAGAUGAGAUGGGAAGGCAAGACGCCAUUGCCAAAACCCAUUGUUCUCCCUGAAGGUGUCAACGGAGCGCUGCCUUCGCGAGAAGCCGGAAGAGAAAUUCCGUAUCGUGUCUUCAAGCCGAGCAGCGGCAAGAGCAAUGGAAUUCACAUGCACAUCCAUGGUGGCGGAUGGGUUUUGAUGAGCGAGGCUUACCAAGAUCCGUAUCUCAAGUACAUGGCCGAUCAUUUUGACGUUACAGUUGUAUCAAUUGGAUACCGACUUGCGCCCGAAGACCCCUGGCCCGCAGGCGCAGAAGACUGUUAUGACGCCGCUGAAUGGCUAGUGAAGAACGGACCAACAGUCUUUGGUGGAGAAUUGAUGUUCACAGGUGGUGAAUCUGCUGGGGGUCAUCUGGCCUGCCUAGUUGCCUUGCAUUUGCUGGAAACGAUGCCAGAGUUUUCAUUCAAAGGCUUGCUUCUUCAUUUUGGCUGCUUCGACAUGUCCUCAUUCUUACCACACGUUUUGCACCACGAGACACAUCUGGUAAUCGACCACGAUGUCAUGAAAUCGUACAUUGACGCCUUGCUCCCCAACACAACAGAAGAGCAGCGUCGCGACCCGUCGAUAAGCCCAUUUUGGGCUGAUUUGAGGGGAAAGAAGUUGCCACCUGCAUUGUUCACGUGUGGAAGUGAAGAUCCGCUGCUAGAUGAUAGUGUCAUGAUGGGUAGCAAGUGGGCCAUGUGGGGAAAUGAAAGCAUAGUCAAGAUCUAUCACGGGGCACCCCAUGGGUUUAUCGGAUUUCCGCCCGGCACAAUCAAGGCGGUGCAAGACGCAUUAGAUGAUACAGAGGCGUUUGUGAGGGCGAAGAGAGGGUCAUAGGGUGUUGCAGUAGACAGUUUCUGGUUGGUCAAAUCAGAGUAUUGCUAAUACAUGCUUGUUCCC